ACACCGGAAUCCCUUCCGUAGGGAGGAGGAAACCCAAAAAUAUUAGAGCUAUAUUGCAUUCACAAAAUCAGGCAUCCCAAAUCAGAAUACUUUCGGGUUCCAUUUCCACCGUCUAGCCAGAAUGAAGGAGACCGCCCGCCUUGUCUAUGAUUUCCGAGGAUGACGUCCUCAACAUCGUCUUCAAACUCGAGGACGACCCCAGAAACUGGGCUCGUCUCGCCUGCGUCUGCACCAAAUUCUCCUUUCUUAUUCGCAACGCUUGCCUGAAGCAAAAGCGCUUCAAAACGAUUCCCGCGGUUUCCACUGAUUUACUCACCGCUUCCUACUUCCCACCUGGUGGGUGGGCUGCUCUCCACAAGCUCGCCAUCUACUGCCGGGCACUUCUCCACGCCGGUGUCCUUUUUGAGCACGCUGAUUUUGGCCUCGAUCGGAAGCUGGGGCCCGACGAGAAUUAUCAUAGGCUGGAGAUUCCUCAGGACUCAAAACCACCCACCGAGCCUUGUUACAGCAAAAAUGAAGGAAAUCUGGAGAUGGGUGCUCCUGCAUCCGAUUGUUCUUGGUCGCUUUUCAAUGAUCUGUAUUUCGACACCGUGUAUAACGCAUCUGAAUACCAAAAUGGUUUAGGCGAAGAAGUUAUUGAGAAGGGGGCAAUCAAGGUAGGCGGUGAUUUUUCCGUUUGUAAGAAGGGGAAGAUCCGUAGAUCUUUCCAGUCGCAUUUGGCAUCUACGGUUUGGAAUCUAAGCAGGGAGCAAGGAAACAAAUUGGUAGCGAGCAGGUUCCGGGCGAUUGCUUAUACAUCCGUAAUUGGCCUGGUUGUGUUCAUAUUGAGGAGACGCGAAACUACUAUUCCGAGGGAUUUUCCAGGAUUUCAAGAGCUCUCGCGUUUGGAGGACGAUGAACGAUGGGAAUCGGAGCAAGAUUGACCUGAAUUGUUCUCUCAUGCAGGGAGACUUGGGAUCUGCAUUCUGCGUUCUGUUUGAGUUGGGUGUUCAAGUACCAUGAUGAUGGGGGAGACAGUUGUUCGAGCUUAUGUCUGUGAGAAUGGGCAUGUUUCUGGUGCUUGGACGGAUUGGCGUUUAUACAAUUGAAACGUUCUUUUGCGAGUUUCUUAGUUGCUCAUUGAUAUUUGAUGGGUCGAGAAAUUCGGAAGGAUUUGUUUAGGUUUGUCCAAAGCUGUCUGUUGUUGUUAUUGAUGUUUCAAUCACCCUGUUUCAUGUACUGGCAUUAAGCACUAUUAAUGAAUAUUAUUCUUUCAU